AUGGGUGUCACUAUUUCUAAAAUUGAAGGAUUAUAUCUUAGUGCUUAUUUUGAUGCAGAUUGCACUAAAUGUUUAACCAUAGAGUGGACUGAAGAAAGCGCGGUUCUAAAGGACCCGGGUUCGACCCGGUCUCACAAUACUCGCCUUACAAGAGAAACCCAAUACCUCCAAGCAGGCUUCGGCAAAACAAUAUUUGGAAGAGUGGUUGAAAUGUCCACGUCCGACUCCAACGAAGAAAACUCUGCAAAUGAUGAUUCAAAGUCAUCAAGUAAUGGCAAAGGCAACGUUACUGGAAACAUAAAUCAAAGGAUUCUAUUUGGUGGGGAAGGUUCCGAAAGGGCAUUUUUGGGUCAGGUCGAUGACAACACUCCCAUCCCUUCAGUCCCUGGUGAUGGAACUGUUGUUUCUGUUCAGAAGCACAGAGAAGAAAUCUUGAAAGAGCCUGCUGAAUGGCUGAAGUCUUCAAGCAUGAGAUCUAAAGAACUAAACUUUUUCACCGAAUAUGGUGAAGUGAGUAGGUACAAGGUAAAGGAAAUUAUUGGUGAAGGAAACUCUAGUAUUGUCUGCUCUGCAUAUGACACUCAUACCGGGGAGAUUGUAGCAAUAAAAAAAAUAAAUAAUAUAUUCGAAAAUGUAUCUGUUGCUAUCAGUGUCACUCGUGAGAUUAAGCUACUUAGGCGCCUUUAUCAUCCGGACAUUGUCAAAAUUAAAAACAUAUUGUUGCCUCCAUCCAGAAAAGAAUUUAAUGAUAUAUACGUGGUGUUUGAGCGUAUGGAUUGUGACCUACACCAAAUCAUUAAAGCAAACGACGACUUAACACCAGAACAUUAUCAGGUCUUUCUUUAUCAAAUUUUUCGAGGGCUGAAAUAUAUACACACAGCAAAUGUGUUUCACAGAGAUCUAAGACCCAAAAAUAUUUUAGCCACUUCUGACUGCAAACUCAAGAUCUGCGACUUUGGUAUUUCAAGGGUUGCAUUCAGUGAUCAACCUACUGGGAAAUUCUGGACUGAUUACAUUGCAGCAAGAUGGUAUAGGGCUCCUGAACUGUGUGGAUCUUUUUUUAGUAAGUACACACCAGCAAUAGAUAUAUGGAGUGUUGGUUGCAUGUUUGCAGAAAUUUUAACAGGGAAGCCUCUUUUCCCUGGGAAAAAUGUUGUGCAUCAGUUGGAUUUAAUGACUGAUCUUCUAGGAACACCAUCACCUGAAACUAUCUCCACGAUAAGAAAUGAGAAGGCGAGGAAAUACUUAAACAGCAUGAGGAAGAAAACUCCUUUUCCUCUCGUUGAAAAGUUCCCGAAUACAGACCCCCUCGCUCUUCGUUUGUUACAAAGAUUGAUUGCAUUUGAUCCAAGGGAUAGACCUACUGCUGAGGAGGCUCUUUCGGAUCCAUAUUUUAAGAAUUUGGCUGACGUUGAAAGGGAGCCUUCUGCUCAGCCCAUUACAAAGUUGGAAUUUGAGUUUGAAACAAGAGAAAAUACGAAAGAAGAGUUACGUGAAGUGAUCUAUAGGGAGAUUCUGGAAUACCAUCCAGUAGGAUUCCAUCUCACUAUUAAAUCAUAAGAAUUAGCAAUGCAUUAGCUUAAUCUUUUGAUGUUUGGCAAUACUGAUUUUUGGCUAAGGCAUGCACCACAUCUGUGACAAGAAGCUUCUCCACUACAUGACACCAACGGCCAGUGUACGUAUUAUUCCAUAACGAAGGUAACACUCUAGUAGACGCUACACCAUUUCAUCUAGCCUAUAAAUUGGUAGCUCAAGAUCAGUUUGUAGGUAAUCUUUUGGAUUUUCACAUUGUAAUCACUCUAGAAACAUCCAGUUAGUGAAAUAAUCAAGUCCAG